CUGUGACAUGUCUCCAAGCAAAGAAAAGACAACUUGUUGUUGGACUGACCAGCUAAGGGGCCGAGGAGGGUCUGACCUGGGGACAUCAGUCAUUUUGGAAUUCCAACCUGAGUGUGCCAAGGAUGAUGGUAUGGCCAGUGCAAUAAUCAGUUUAGAGGCUUCUUUUGGAAGUUCGAGCCCAGUUGGGUCUUUGUCUUCUGAGGAUCAUGAUUUUGACCCUACUGCUGAGAUGUUGGUCCAUGACUAUGAUGAUGAAAGAACUCUUGAAGAAGAGGAAAUGAUGGAUGAGGGUAAAAACUUCAGUUCUGAAAUUGAAGACUUAGAAAAGGAAGGAAACAUGCCUCUAGAAGAUUUACUGGCAUUCUAUGGCUAUGAACCUACAAUUCCAGCAGUGGCAAAUUCCAGUGCAAAUAGCUCCCCAAGUGAACUUGCUGAUGAACUACCAGACAUGACACUAGACAAAGAGGAAAUAGCAAAAGACCUAUUGUCAGGUGAUGAUGAGGAAACUCAGUCUUCUGCAGAUGACCUCACACCAUCUGUGACUUCCCAUGAAACUUCCGAUUUCUUCCCUAGGCCUUUACGAUCAAAUACUACAUGUGAUGGAGAUAAGGAAUCAGAAGUUGAAGAUGUUGAAACAGACAGUGGUAACUCACCUGAAGAUUUGAGGAAAGAAAUAAUGAUUGGUUUACAGUAUCAGGCAGAGAUUCCCCCUUACCUUGGAGAGUAUGAUGGUGAUGAGAAAGUGUAUGAAAAUGAAGACCAGUUACUUUGGCGUCCUGGUGUGGUUUUGGAGAGCAAAGUUAAGGAGUACCUUGUUGAGACCUCAUUAAGAACUGGAAAUGAAAAAAUAAUGGAUAGGAUAUCUGCAGGAACGCACACAAGGGACAAUGAACAGGCAUUAUAUGAACUUCUCAAGUGUGACCAUAAUAUAAAGGAAGCAAUUGAAAGGUACUGCUGCAAUGGAAAGGCAUCUCAAGAAGGAAUGACCGCAUGGACGGAAGAAGAAUGCCGGAGCUUUGAACAUGCACUCAUGCUUUUUGGAAAAGAUUUUCAUCUUAUACAGAAGAAUAAGGUGAGAACUAGAACAGUUGCUGAAUGUGUAGCAUUCUACUAUAUGUGGAAGAAAUCUGAACGUUAUGAUUACUUCGCUCAACAGACAAGAUUUGGAAAGAAGCGAUAUAACCAUCACCCUGGAGUUACGGACUAUAUGGAUCGUUUGGUAGAUGAAACAGAAGCUCUGGGUUCGACAGUAAAUUCUUCAGCCUUAACUUCUAAUCGACCUGAGCCUCCUCCUGAUCAACAACUGAACAUUCUCAACUCUUUCACUGCCAGUGACUUGACAGCCCUGACCAACAGUGUGGCAACGGUCUGCAACCCUACGGAUGUGAAUUGUUUGGAUGAUAGCUUUCCUCCACUGGGCAACACACCCCGUGGACAAGUCAAUCAUGUGCCUGUCGUAACGGAGGAGUUACUCACCCUGCCAAGCAAUGGGGAAAGUGAUUGUUUUAAUUUAUUUGAGACUGGAUUUUAUCACUCGGAGCUAAACCCCAUGAACAUGUGCAGUGAAGAGUCAGAAAGACCAGCAAAGAGAUUGAAAAUGGGCAUUGCUGUUCCUGAAUCCUUUAUGAAUGAGGUUUCUGUAAAUAAUUUGGGUGUGGACUUUGAAAAUCACACACAUCACAUCACCAGUGCCAAAAUGGCCGUCUCCGUGGCUGACUUUGGCAGUCUGUCUGCCAGUGAGACCAAUGGUUUCAUCAGUGCCCAUGCUCUGCAUCAGCAUGCCGCCCUUCACUCUGAGUGACAGGAGUGAGGGGCCCAGAAACAGUGGGUGUGCAGUACCAGUAAACUUGAGGAAAGGAUCAGGUUUGCUUAGUCUUUCACUGGAAGUUUGAACCUUUUUCAGUAUGACAUCAGUGAUGUCAGUAUGUAUAGAACUAUAUCUUGAUUUAUCAAGAGUAUUUUCAUUUUUCAAUCCAUAAAUGUGGAAAUAAACUAUGAUCAGCAGAGUUGGGAACUAAGAUUGAACUCUGUGGUGCAGCUUUAAGCUCUGCUUAUCUCUUCCUCAUCCCCCAGUACCUCUUCUCCACUCCCUUCUUUUUCUAUUCUUUUCAGUUCCCCACUGCCCUCACUCCCAGUUUUAAAACCUGUAGACAGAGGCCACCAGCUCAAAACCAGCACAGAUGUUCUGAACUGAAUGGAGUGGCUUCUUUUCAUGUAAAUUCCUUUUGCCAUAAUGGAUGCAGUGG